CCAGUGUUCGGAGGCACCUAGAGACAUAGAGCGCACCGCACAGUUUUUAUUUCUACAGUGAGGUUAAACCAUUGAAAAGUUAUAAGUUAUAGAAUCCACAAAGUUUCAGGUGGUUUCAAAGCAAUCUUAAUAUCAGAGGUAUCAGGACACACCCUUGAAACACACAAACUCAUCGAGGAGCGUGUAUUGUCUUGGAGUAAGUGAUAUAAUAGAGAAAUUAAUGAGAACAGAGUGGUGAGGAGCCAAGAAAACCUAUUGUUUUGAGCAGAAAGGGGUUCAGCUAAAAACACCCAGUGAUAAGCUCAAUUAAUGAGUGAUUUGACAAAAACCUAAUGGGAACACCUUUAGUUUGUGAAUUAGCCGUGGGAGGUUGGUUUGAUCCUAUAGAUAGUAGAUCAGGGUGCAGGCGUGAUCUGCAAUAAACCCUCGUCAUGAGUUCUAGAAGAAAGUCAAGACGUAGUCUCAGCCUGAGAACUUCUUCCUUUAUCCGACUAAUCAGUCCGUUCCGGAGUAGAUCUGUCAACAUUUUCCAGAUCCCACAAGAAGAGGAUGAAAACAAGGUUCGUCUCCACUCCGCUAAGUCGGAUUCUCAGCUCCAUGUGUCUUACAAGAUGGAACAGUAUAAAAGACAAUGUCGGAUACUUGAUAGCUCAGGACGAAUAAUAACAAACUCUCCAAACCUAAGUUCUCCGCAUGUUGGAUAUGUAAAAAAUAAUCUAAACCUAGACCCACAAGACCCUCCGGAGAGAAAUAUGUUCGUGAGCAAUCCUAAUUUAUCAAAAAACGUGUUGGACACAUCCUGGCUUAGUCAGGAUAAGAUGAAUAGAAAUAUAACGGAGACUAAUUGGAUCGGGGAGAAGGAUCGUAUAAGGCUAGGACUGUUAGGUCGGAGCGCUGUGAGUUAUCAGAAUAUCAGUCCCUCGGGGGAUAUAUUUGCGGAGAAAAACAAAGAGUGUGUCGAAAGCAAUCCUUCAAGCAGUUUCUCCGCGGAGGGAAGCAGAUCAACAACUAACGUAGCUUGGCUGGUCGGAGCAGCAAACCCUCCAGUUCUAGAACAUCAUAUAGAUAUCCUGGAUAAACAGGAGAUAAAUCCUCCAUCCCAUCUAGAGGUUGCUCCUAUAGGGUCAACUCUUAAAGUGAAAGAUAUGGGUUAUUCUCUCACCCGGAGCAAGACUGUCAGUGAUAUGCCCCUAUGGGCCCGUGAUAUAAGCAGUGAGGAUGAGUCCAAACCUAGAGCUUGGACAGACUCGGUUCGAAUUAUCUCCGAUGAGUCGGAGACAAUGUCUGACUCUGGGUCAGGGUUGACAGCAGCAACCCUGGUUACCAUGGGUUCACUCCGGAGUAAGAUUGUUAAACACCGAACCCUGUUAGGGAGCUCCACCCGGCUAUACAAGUUUAGCCAAUCCUUGAGCUCCCUUACAACCGUGGGAUCGGAGAGCAGAACCUCGUCCUGGGAGCGAACCAUGUCACAGAGAAAAAGGUAG